AUGACGGGCUUGUUGGUCAUCGUCAGGCUCGUUAUCCACCCCAUUACCCCAAACGCCCGGCACAUCCACCCCGGCCAAUCCCUCUCCAGGCCUCCAUCCACCCCGGCCAGUCCCUCUCCACGCCUCCAUCCACCCCGGUCAAUCCCUCUCCAGGUCUCCAUCCACUCUGGCCACUCCCUCUCCACGCCUCCAUCCACCCCGGCCAAUCCCUCUCCACGCCUCCAUCCACCCCGGCCACUCCCUCUCCACGCCUCCAUCCACCCCGGCCAAUCCCUCUCCACGCCUCCAUCCACCCCGGCCAAUCCCUCUCCACAACUCCAUCCACACCGGACUAUCCCACUACACGGCUACAUCCACCCCGGCCAAUCCCUCUCCACGCCUCCAUCCACCCCCGCCAAUCCCUCUCCACGCCAUUAUCCACCCUGGUCAAUCCCUCUUCACGCCUCCAUCCACCCCGGCCAGUCCAUCUCCACGCCUCCAUCCAUCCCGGUCAAUCCCUCUCCACGUAUCCAUCCACUCCGGCCAAUCCCUCUCCACGCCUCCAUCCACCCCGGCCAAUCCCUCUCCACGCAUCCAUCUACUCCGACCAAGCCCUCUCCACUCUGGCUAAUCCCUCUCCACGCCUACAUCCAUCCCGGCCAAUCCCUCUCCACGCCUCCAUCCACUCCGGCCAAUCCCUCUCCACGCCUACAUCCACCCCGGCCAAUCCCUCUCCACGCCUACAUCCACCCCGGCCAAUCCCUCUCCACGCCUACAUCCACCCCGGCCAAUCCCUCUCCACGCCUACAUCCAUCCCGGCCAAUCCCUCUCCACGCCUCCAUCCACUCCGGCCAAUCCCUCUCCACGCCUACAUCCAUCCCGGCCAAUCCCUCUCCACGCCUCCAUCCACUCCGGCCAAUCCCUCUCCACGCCUCCAUCCACCCCGGCCAAUCCCUCUCCACGCCUACAUCCACCCCGGCCAAUCCCUCUCCACGCCUACAUCCACCCCGGCCAAUCCCUCUCCACGCCUCCAUCCACCCCGGCCAAUCCCUCUCCACGCCUACAUCCACCCCGGCCAAUCCCUCUCCACGCCUCCAUCCACGCCGGCCAAUCCCUCUCCACGCCUCCAUCCACUCCGGCCAAUCCCUCUCCACGCCUACAUCCACCCCGGCCAAUCCCUCUCCACGCCUCCAUCCACUCCGGCCAAUCCCUCUCCACGCCUACAUCCACCCCGGCCAAUCCCUCUCCACGCCUACAUCCACCCCGGCCAAUCCCUCUCCACGCUUCCAUCCACCCCGGCCAAUCCCUCUCCACGCCUACAUCCACCCCGGCCAAUCCCUCUCCACGCCUACAUCCAUCCCGGCCAAUCCCUCUCCACGCUUCCAUCCAACCCGGCCAAUCCCUCUCCACGCCUACAUCCACCCCGGCCAAUCCCUCUCCACGCCUCCAUCCACCCCGGCCAAUCCCUCUCCACGCCUACAUCCACCCCGGCCAAUCCCUCUCCACGCCUUCAUCCACCCCGGCCAAUCCCUCUCCACGCCUACAUCCAUCCCGGCCAAUCCCUCUCCACGCCUACAUCCCGCCCGGCCAGUCCCUCUCCACGCCGACAGCCCCCCCGGCCACUCCCUCUCGCCGCCUACAGCCAACCCGGCCAAUCCCUCUCCACGCCUACAUCCAUCCCGGCCAAUCCCUCUCCACGCCUACAUCCAUCCCGGCCAAUCCCUCUCCACGCCUACAUCCAUCCCGGCCAAUCCAUCUCCACGCCUACAUCCAUCCCGGCCAAUCACUCUCCACGCCUACAUCCAUCCCGGCCAAUCCCUCCACGCCUACAUCCAUCCCGGCCAAUCCCUCUCCACGCCUACAUCCAUCCCGGCCAAUCCCUCUCCACGCCUACAUCCACCCCGGCCAAUCCCUCUCCACGCCUACAUCCAUCCCGGCCAAUCCCUCUCCACGCCUACAUCCAUCCCGGCCAAUCCCUCUCCACGCCUUCAUCCAUCCCGGCCAAUCCCUCUCCACGCCUUCAUCCAUCCCGACCAAUCCCUCUCCACGCCUUCAUCCAUCCCGGCCAAUCCCUCUCCACGCCUACAUCCAUCCCGGCCAAUCCCUCUCCACGCUUCCAUCCACCCCGGCCAAGCCCUCUCCACGUCCCCAUCCACUCGGCCAAGCCCUCUCCACGUCACCAUCCACUCUGCCAAGCCUUCUCCACACCUCCAUCCACCCCGGCCAAUCCCUCUCCACGUCACCAUCCACUCGGCCAGGCCCUCUCCACGCCACCAUCCAUUCUGGUAA